GACCGGUGCUGGACAGUGUUAUUGUGCGCGCGAUGACGAAGGACAUGUCAGUGUUGCAGCUUUUACCCUAUGUUCUCGUCCUAACUAUGUCGUUCGCCUGGCCGAUCACCGAGUCGACGACCGGCCGCGCGACCAUCCGCGCCGAUCUCACGCACGUGGACAGCGGCCGCGGCUUCACCAAGCGCGAGCUGCUCCGGCGGAUGGCGGCUCGAUCGCGGGCUCGCCUAGACAGCCGGUGGUCACCUCCCGGCCGCGGCGGCAACGCCCACGCGGUGACCGUGCCUGUGGCCCGCGGCACCACCGGCAAGGCGGACUACAACUCCGAGUACAAUAUCCACUUCGCCAUCGGCACGCCGACCCCGCAGCCCGUGGUGGCGACGUUGGACACGGGCAGUUGUUUCCCCGUGGCGCCCAUCUGGGCCGGCGGUACGUGCGUCGACCUCCUUGGAUGCGGAUGUCGACGGCCUCCCCGCCACGGCUCCUGGAUCAAAGCGCAUCGCUCGAUCCACAGCGGCCGCGAGCCCCGCGAUCUCGGAGCUGAGCGUGGACUUGACGGCGUCGAGCUCGGCGCCGAUGGAUUCCUUCGCCGCUGCGGAUCGGCGCUUACCGUCGAGCGGACGCCAUCGACGGUGGUGUGGACGUCCUUGAUCUGCUCCUUGGUGUCGUCGACGAACACCUUGACCGCGUCGAGCAUCUCCUUCUUGUAUGUGGCGAAGCGGCUCUCGUACUCCUCCUUCGUCUCCGAUCGGAGAAGCCGGUACAAGGCCUUGGAUUCCGGCGAGAGAUUCUCCAUGGCUUCUGCUCUACGUCGGCCGGCGAACCGGGAAGGGACCCGCUUGUCACGCUUGGGCCGGGCCGGUGCUGGACCGCCGUCUUCAGAUGAAGUGGACUUCUCCUCGUGCAUAGCUGGACCGCUGACAGGCAGCGACCUCAUCUGGACGCAAUGCGUGUGCAUGUCCUGCUUCGAGCAGCCAUUUCCUGUUCUCGACCCCUCCGUCUCCGGCACCUUCCGUGUCAUGCCGUGCACCGACCAUCUUUGCGAGCACGGGGGCCUAGUGGUCUCCGGGUGCAACCUCAAGGACAAAACGUGCCUCUACGCCUACCACUACGGCGACAAAUCGGGCACAUACGGCACAAUGGGCCAGGACACCUUCACCUUCAAGGAGCCCAACGGUAUGGCCGCCACCGUGCCGAACCUCCGCUUUGGUUGCGCCCAGAUCAACCACCUGACCUUCAGAACGAACGAGACCGGCAUCGCCGGCUUCGGCCGCGGGCCGCUGUCUCUGCCGUCGCAGCUCAAGGUCGCCAGGUUCUCGCACUGCUUCACCACCAUCGUAGAGGGCAAACCCAGCCCGGUGUUCCUGGGCACGCCGGACAACCUCCAAGCCCAGGCCACGGGGCAAAUCAAAGCCACCCCGUUCGUGCCAAACCCAAGGUCACCGUUAUACUACCUUUCGCUCAAAGGGAUCACCGUCGGCAAGACGCGGCUGCCGUUCAACGCGUCGGUGUUCGCGCUCAAGGGCGACGGCUCCGGCGGCACCAUCACGGACUCCGGCACCGCCCUCACCAGCUUCCCGGAGGCCGUGUUCCAGGCCCUUCGGAAGGCGUUCGCGUUGCAGGUGCUGCUGCCCGUCGAAGAAGACAACGACAUGUGCUUCUCCACCUCGCCGAAGGAGAAGCUGCCCGCCGUGCCGAAGCUGAUCCUCCACCUAGAGGGCACGGACUGGGACCUCCCCCGCGAGAACUACGUCCUCGAUAUCGACCACGAGGACGGCACCGGCGGCGAGCUGUGCUUAAUGAUCGUUUCGUCGGGCGAGGGCAGCAGUAGGACGACCAUAGGCAACUUCCAGCAGCAGAACAUGCACAUCGUCUACGAUCUGGAGGUCAAUAAGAUGUUCUUCGUGCCCGCGCGCUGCGACAAGCUAUGACAAGUUGUCAAUAAACGUGCAAGUGUAGGCGACAAUUGAGCGUACGUACUGGUCCUUAGUAAAAAUGUGCACUGCCGUUACUAGUGCUAAAUAAAAAGCGCAAAACUUAAUAUUUAUCC